GUUUAUGGAAACGAAUAAUGAAAUUAUUUGAAGCUUCAGGAUUUGGUUUAAGAUUUUAAGGAAUUUUAAGUUGAUAUUAGAUCGAGGAUUUAAAUUUGCUGAAGGCUUAUAUAAAGUUGUGAUGUAAUGUAUAGUAAAUUCUAGUUGUGAUAGUUGAAGCUUUAACCAUCUUUAUGAAUUAUGCUUUGAGCUUGUUAAUGGUGACCAAGGAUUGAAGAGGACUAGGGUCUGUAUCUUAAACAAUGGUCCCCGCCAUUUGCAUUGCCUGGAUAAGUCUUCGAGUGGGGUCUUAUAUUAAAGCUAGAUGGAACUUUUGGUGAAAGAUGAAAAAUCUACUUUUUUGAUCUCAUCCUUUAUUUGAUUCAUGAUACAUACUCUUAAAGCUCAAGCCUCAGGGUUGUGAAACACUUAGGAGAAAAUGUCUCAGAAAAUUGGGUUUCCUCCUUCCCACCGGUCUACUAAAUCUUUGCCCAUUGAUUUUAGGUUCAUGGGUUCUCCAACUUCCGAUCCCAUCAGAUAUACUGAAGUAAAUUCAGGAAAUAAUGGUGUAACCAGCUUGAGCGGCUCUGAAAAUUGUGAUUCAGGGGUGAAGGUUGUUGAGAGAGUUGAAAAUGGUGUUGCUGAUACUGAUCAGGCAAAUGAGGAUUCACCAUAUAGUGGGAAUAAUAUUUUGGUUGAGGACAGGCCUUCUGUGGAUGAUGAGGACUUGGACUCUGCAGCUGCACCAUUGCCUUCAAUAUCAAAAUCUAACAUCGAACACAGGUGGAGUGACAUAACUUCCUAUGCUGCAAAAAAGAAGGUUCAGUCUUGGUUUCAACUUCCAAACGGGAAUUGGGAGCUGGGGAAGAUAAUGUCAACUACAGGGACUGAGUCUGUUAUUUCUCUUCCUGAUGGGAAAGUUUUAAAGGUGAAUUCUGAUAGUUUGAUACCUGCAAAUCCCGAUAUCCUUGAUGGUGUGGAUGAUCUCAUGCAACUUAGUUAUUUAAAUGAGCCAUCAGUCUUGUUCAAUCUCCAAUAUAGAUACAAUCAAGAUAUGAUAUAUACAAAGGCAGGACCAGUUUUGGUUGCUAUCAAUCCUUUUAAAAAAGUUUCUUUAUAUGGAAAUGACUACAUUGAAGCAUACAAGAAUAAAUCCAUUGAGAUUCCACAUGUCUAUGCAAUCGCAGACACAGCCAUCUGGGAAAUGACACGAGAUGAAGUAAAUUUUUUUUUCCUUCUUAGCGGUGAGAGUGGAGCAGGAAAAACUGAGACAGCAAAGAUAGCAAUGCAAUAUUUGGCAGCUCUUGGUGGUGGAAGUGGAAUAGAAUAUGAAAUAUUGAAGACCAAUCCUAUCUUAGAAGCAUUUGGUAAUGCGAAAACAUUAAGAAAUGACAACUCAAGCCGCUUUGGAAAGUUGAUUGAAAUCCACUUUAGUGAAACUGGAAAAAUAUCUGGGGCCAAGAUUCAAACUUUUUUAUUGGAGAAGUCUAGAGUGGUCCAAUGUGCAGAGGGAGAAAGGUCUUACCAUAUAUUUUAUCAACUUUGUGCUGGCGCUCCCAGUGCUCUCAGAGAGAAGCUAAAUUUGAAGGAUGUGAACGAGUAUAAAUAUUUGAAGCAGAGUAAUUGCUAUUCUAUUACUGGGGUUGAUGAUGCUGAACAAUUUCGCAUUGUCAAGGAAGCUUUAGAUGUUGUCCAUGUUAACAAAGAAGACCAAGAGAGUGUCUUUGCAAUGCUUGCUGCAGUUCUGUGGCUGGGAAAUAUCUCAUUCAUCAUAAUUGAUAAUGAAAACCAUGUUGAAGCUGUCGCAGAUGAAAGUCUAAUCAAUGUUGCUAAGUUGAUUGGAUGUGACACUAUGGACCUUAAUCUGGCUUUAUCAACUCGCAAAAUGAGAGUUGGUAAUGAUAAUAUUGUCCAAAAACUUACAUUAUCACAGGCGAUUGACACAAGAGAUGCCUUGGCAAAAUCAAUUUAUGCAUGUUUGUUUGAGUGGCUGGUAGAACAAAUUAACAAAUCACUUGCUGUUGGCAAGAGGCGAACUGGCAGAUCUAUUAGCAUUCUUGAUAUUUAUGGCUUUGAAUCAUUUGAUAGGAAUAGUUUUGAGCAGUUCUGCAUUAAUUAUGCAAAUGAGAGAUUACAGCAGCAUUUUAAUCGUCAUUUAUUCAAGUUGGAGCAGGAGGAAUAUAUACAAGAUGGCAUUGACUGGGCAAAAGUUGAUUUUGAUGACAACCAAGAUUGUCUUAAUCUUUUUGAAAAGAAACCUUUGGGAUUAUUGUCUCUGUUAGAUGAGGAGUCCACUUUUCCAAAUGGCACUGACUUCACAUUUGCCAACAAGCUCAAGCAGCAUCUGAAUUCCAACCCUUGUUUUAGGGGAGAACGAGAAAAAGCUUUCACUGUCUCUCAUUUUGCAGGAGAGGUUACAUAUGACACAACUGGAUUUCUAGAGAAGAACAGAGACUUACUGCACCUGGAUUCAAUUCAACUACUGUCCUCGUGUUCAUGUCACCUUCCUCAGGCAUUUGCAUCAAAUAUGCUUAGCCAAUCUGAAAGGCCUGUUGUUGGUCCUUUACAUAAAGCUGGUGGUGCAGAUUCUCAAAAGCUAAGUGUUGCAACAAAAUUUAAGAGUCAACUCUUCCAACUAAUGCAACGUCUAGAGAGCACUACUCCACAUUUCAUACGUUGUAUAAAGCCCAACAACUUUCAGUCUCCUGGAUCAUAUGAGCAAGGACUUGUUUUGCAGCAACUGAGAUGCUGUGGAGUCCUAGAGGUUGUUCGUAUAUCACGGUCUGGCUUUCCCACCAGAAUGUCUCACCAGAAGUUUGCUAGAAGGUAUGGUUUUCUUCUAUUGGAAAAUGUUGCCUCACAAGAUCCGCUGAGUGUUUCAGUUGCAAUUCUUCAUCAAUUCAACAUUUUGCCUGAGAUGUAUCAAGUUGGCUACACAAAAUUGUUUUUCCGUACUGGGCAGAUUGGGGUUCUUGAGGAUACAAGAAAUCAUACUCUUCAUGGCAUUUUAUGUGUUCAAAGCUGCUUCAGAGGGUAUCAAGCUCGCCGCCACUUUAAGGAGCUUCAAAGAGGAAUUGCUACCCUGCAGUCAUUUGUCAGAGGAGAGAAAACCAGGAAAAAAUAUGCUGUCUUAUUGCAGAGACAUAGAGCUGCUGUUAUUAUACAAAAGCAGAUUAAAGGCAGGAAUGCAAAGAAAACAUUCAAGAACAUUACUGAUGCAUCAAUUGUGAUACAAUCAGUUAUUCGUGGCUGGUUGGUCAGAAGAUGCUCUGAAGAUAUAGGAUUGCUCAAAUCUGGAGGCUCUAAGGCAAAUGAAUCAGAUGAGGUGCUGGUCAAAUCAUCAUUUCUUGCUGAACUACAGCGACGAGUUCUUAAAGCUGAGGCUGCUCUGAGGGAGAAAGAAGAGGAAAAUGAUAUCCUCCACCAAAGGCUCCAACAAUAUGAAAGCCGUUGGUCUGAGUAUGAGCUAAAAAUGAAGUCCAUGGAAGAAGUGUGGCAGAAACAAAUGAGGUCUCUACAAUCGAGUCUCUCCAUUGCAAAGAAGAGCCUAGCAGUUGAUGAGUCAGAGAGAAAUUCAGAUGCAUCAGUUAAUGCAAGUGAUGAAAAAGAGUAUAGCUGGGAUACAGGAAGUAAUCAUAAGGGCCCUGAGAACAAUGGUUUGAGACCAAUGAGUGCAGGCUUGAGUGUUAUAAGUCGGCUGGCGGAGGAAUUUGAGCAGAGGAGUCAAGUUUUCGGUGAUGAUGCCAAGUUUUUGGUGGAAGUAAAAUCAGGUCAGGUUGAAGCAAGCCUGAACCCAGACCGCGAGCUUAGAAGAUUGAAGCAGAUGUUUGAAACUUGGAAGAAGGAUUAUGCAGCAAGAUUACGAGAAACAAAAGUGGUGUUGAAUAAACUUGGAAAUGAAGAAGGUGCACUUGACAGGGUGAAAAAGAAGUGGUGGGGCAGGAGGAACAGCACAAGGUAUACUUAAAUUUGAUUAAUAUUAUUAUUCUUUCAAGUUGGUGGGUGUUGCUAUUAGCUGCAUAGAGUAUUCGUAAUUGCGUAGAGAAAUUGUGAGAGUUUUGUUGUUAGAAGUGAUUUGGUUAAUGAAGAGGGCAGUAAUUGAAGUGCAUACCCAAAGUUUAAAUAUGUAUAUUAUAUUUUUGUUAUUGAAAAGCUAAUCUUAUGUCCACAGAGUUUGGGCUUUUGCUUGUUUGUCGCUGAAAUGCUGAAAGCUUGUAUUAUGAAUCAUGAUAAUCUUCUGUUUAAUUGCUUCCUUCUCUUUGGCAACUUAAAUUUUAGAACGGCUUCCUCGUGUUUUCUUUUGCAUUAACGUUUGGGUUGUUACUUAAUGUUAGUUUUCAACAGUACUGGUAAUGUUUUGUAUGGGUUAAGGAAAGAUCCAGCAGUUUUAAGCUUUUCUAUCAAACUCUAACUAAACUUUUUUUUUUUUUUAAAUUUUUUCACCCACCUUUCAUUCUCCCACUUUUUACCUACCAAGGCAAUGCCAAAGUACUUAAAACACAAAAAACUAAUUCAUGCAAAGGUUCCACCAUCAAGUUUGACUCCCCAUUCCCUUCGUUUUAAUUAGCUGGUUGACCAAGAUUUGCUUGCUUCGAAUUCGAUGUAGCAUCACUAAACCAAGUUGUCUUGAUUUAUUUCAUGACGUUGUGGAAAGUAUGUGUUAUUUGUAUGGUUUUAUUCUGUCAACAGAGAAGAUAAUUUUGGUUGCAAAAGUUUAGGCCAUGGCCAAUGGCUCUCUGCCGAACCAGGAUCAAAUGUCAUGUGCUUCCCUUUUCAAUCUAAAAGAAGUUUGGAUUGGUGACGUUUUCCUUCUGUUAAUUAUGCAAGGUUUUUCUUGCAUG